UGUGUUUGUCAUGAGUCGUUUGACUAUUUCACAAGUAACUGAACAGAUUGAAUCCAUUGAAAGUUCACGAUCGGAAUAGAAUUAUGCAGGGAAGACAAAACACACUUAGAGUUGUCACUUUGCUCUGUGUCCUGGGGGCGGCCUCCAGCUACAAGAUGUACCAACUCAACAUUCCCAAUGGUAACAUCAUCCCUCACCCUUGCAAAGAAAACACGCACUGGGCAGGAGUGGGUCAUUUCUUGGACACAGGCGCAGGUUACACAAAUCCGUUUGGAGAAGAUUUUUCAAAAGAAGGUCACGCAUGGACAACAAACCUGUGCAUGAAGGACUCUGAUGGAGAUGGUAGGACGAAUGGUCAAGAACUUGGUGACCCAGAUUGCUUAUGGAAGAAAAACAGCACUGCGUCUCGUGCUACAGGCCUUUCUCACCCAGGUGUGUGUGAGCCGUUGAACUCAACCAAAUGUCUCGGAAGGAAUGUGACUCAUCCGAAGUACAGAACACAAGACCAGUGGUUGAUGGACGUGUGUAAAACUGAGACAUUUCCAUGUCCCGCUCUGACUGAGACAGAUGUGAAGGAGAUCACAUUGAGACUGCCGUCUGGUUCAAAAGUACCUGCAAAGGAGACAACGUACAUAUGCCAGAUGUUUAACUUGGAGAAUAUGACCUCACCUGGAGACUACCAUAUGGUGGCAGUUGAACCAAUACUGGACAACACUAACGUCAUUCAUCAUAUGGUUCUGUUUGGUUGUUCUGAUAAUGCUCCAGUUGUACCUGAUCAAUUUGAAUGCGGCAUGGUUGCGUCUGACCAAUGCCAGAAAUCUUUGAGCAUCUGGACUGUUGGCCUCAAAGGAGACUGUUAUCAUCCGAAUAUAGGAAUUAGAUUAGGGACAGCAGGUUACAAAAAACUGGCUAUACAGUUACAUUGGAACAAUCCAGACAAAAGAUCAACAUGGACAGACAGUUCUGGAAUGAAACUUUAUUACACAGCUAACAGAAGACUCUAUGAUGCUGGCAUGUUUACCACUGGCCUACAACAUUUUGUUCUCCCUCCAAGGAAGCAGACGAUAGUUUUGAAGAGCACGUGCAGCAGCACGUGCACCAAGUCGUUCAUGAAAGGUCCAAUCUACGUCACCAUGGCCUGGAACCACAUGCAUUAUGCAGGCGUCAGAAUGUCCAUUGAGGUCAUACGUGAUCAUGCAAGACUCCUUCAUCUAACAAAUGAAGAAACAUACAACUAUGACAGCCCACAAGUGUCAUUUUUCAAUGAAAAACCAGUUGAGCUUCUGCCAGGAGAUGAGUUCACCACAAGAUGUGAGUUCAACACUUCGAAGAGGGACAAAAGCACCUUAUUCGGUGAAGCUACCAACGAAGAGAUGUGCUUCGGGUUUCUGACUUAUUAUCCGCUGGAAAAUCUGUCCGAGGACUCUUGUCUUGGUUCUGGGCCGGAUGUUAUGUAUUGUGAUCCUAAUACUUAUCGAGGAUGCGCAGAUUUAUUCAAUAACUACACCAACUUCAACACAACCAAACUGUACACAGACCUGACACAAAAUUGUAUUCCCGUGGGACCUUGUCUAGAGGAGUGCAAAGAGGCAAUCUUGCUGCACAAAAAGGAGAACCCUUGUCUCCGAGAUGAGAUCUUUGAAUUUAUAAAGCAGCAGAUGUGGCGCUAUGACCCUGUCGGAAGUCUACUGAUCAAUCUCUUCGCCUCCUGUGAAAUUGAGGUGUACAAGUCUCUCAAUCAGAUCAAGUCACCGCAAGCCAAGGGAAGGAACUCUGCACCAAAAUUUAUAAAUGAUGUCAAUACAGUUAUUCCCAUCUUAUUAUUUUUUUUUUCAUUUCAAUAAAUGAAUCAUUUCCAAUCCUAUAAGUUGUUAGUACAAUAAAUCAUAAGAAACAAGACUUUGUAGGAGAUACUUGCAACAAUUGUAAUUACAAUCAUUUUGUUUCGUUCUAAAUAAUUUUAGCACAAUCAGGUACCCAGAUACCCCAACGAUAACAGAUACAAUCACAUGGUCCCUAAUUACAUUAUUACAAGUGUAUGGUACUAAUAUAAAUUAUUUGUACAUUUUAGUUUUAGUAUAUAUUUGCAAGCGUAUUUUUAAUAUGUAAGACAAAAUAAUAUUUAUUUAUUUUUGUUGAAGUUGUACAUAAGUAUAUAAUUGUAUAAAUAAUAACAAAUAAUUCUGUGCAAAGUUUUAUUUUGUAUUGUAUUAUCUUUAAUAGAAUAAACAACACCUUUGGGUGAGUGUGACGAUCGUUGUAUUAAAAUUUAGACUAAUACG